GUGUACUUUGCAUGCAUGCACUGCUCAUUUGCAACCAAAUGCAUGAUUCUGUUCUCACGCUGUCUGCGUCUGCUUUGCACAGAGGAGGUGCAGGAUGAGGAGGUGCUUGAGGAGGUAGAGGAGCAGGUGGAGGAAGGGCUUGUAGAAGCGAGUGGGAAGCGAACACCCAAUCCACAUCAUGCAGAUGCUGCUGAGGAACCUGGGGAAGAAGGAGAAACAAAACCAAAGCAUAAACCCUUUGUGCCAGCUUUGGUGCCUCCCAAAAUUCCUGAUGGAGAGAAAGUUGAUUUUGAUGAUAUUCACCGCAAACGUAUGGAGAAAGACCUGACGGAGCUACAGACGCUCAUCGAGGCUCACUUCGAGGGCAGAAAGAAAGAAGAAGAGGAGCUAAUCAGCCUCACCCAACGGAUUGAGAACCGCAGGGCGGAACGAGCGGAGCAACACCGUAUACGCGCUGAGCGGGAGAAAGAGCGUCAAAACAAGCUAGCCGAGGAAAAGGCACGAAAAGAGGAAGAAGAGGCUAAGAGGAAGGCCGAUGAUGACGCUAAGAAGAAAAAGGUUCUUGCAAGCUUCCAGUUCACCGGAUACAUGCAAAGGACAGAGAAGAGGGGUGGGCCUAGGAAGCAAACAGAGAGGGAGAAGAAGAAAACGAUUCUUAGCGAACGCCGUAAGGAACUGAACAUCGAAAACCAGAGCGCUGAUAAACUGAGAGAAACUGCGAACGAACUCUGGAAGUGGAUGCGUCAACUUGAAGCCGAGAAGUUCGAGAUGCAAUACAGAUACACGUGCCAGAAAUACGAGAUCACCGUCCUAAGGAAUCGAGUCAGUGACCAUCAGAAAAAUACCAAAGGCUCCAGGAGAGGCUCUAAGAGAGGACUACGAAAAUAAAGCAGCUUCACGAAGACACCAGAACUGAUGUUUGCAUAACUAAUAUGCUUUAAUAUAAUUAUAUACAUUUUGAUCCUCUUGUGUAAUGUUUUCUGAAGCGCUACAAAAAAUCGAAACAGCUGCCUGAAUGAAAGAUGAAACUAAAGUUGGUUUUAAAGUGACUAAUAAAAAAACAGCCCACAUCUGUCAAAAUAAUUUGAUAAUUUGAAAUGAAUGACUCUUUUUAAUGUUAAUUUUAUGCAUGUCAUUAUGUGCAAAGUGGCAUGAUGUUUACAGCUGUCAUUUAUAAUUGCAUUAUCUAGAUUUAAUGUUAAUUAAUCAUAAUACAUAAAACAUUGCAUGCAUAUUCAGAGAAUUGCAAGCAUGUUUACGUAAGUAUAUAUAUUAGAAUAAAUUAGUUUUCAGGCUAACAGCAUAUGCUUUUGUAUGUCCCAGUGUUUGUCUUAUGGCGUUAGGUUAUGAAUAUUUAACAGUAAAGCGUGACACAGACUGGUGUUGUUGAAAACUUUAUUGAAACUUUGCUUGAAGUCAUUGUGAGAUGAAACAUACAGAUUGAUCCACACCCUUAACAUAACAACCACAAUAUCUGUAAGGAUGAACAAACAUCAAAAUGAGCCAAAGAAACUUCCUAAAAAUUAUUACUCACUAACUGACUGACAUACUUGUAUAAUAUAUUCAUAUUGUCUGAUAUAUGACUUGAUAUAUAAUAUAUCAUACAGUACAGUAUAAUAUCUUAAACCUGCACAAACAACCUGUAACACUCUCAUAAAAUCAUUUGCAUUUCAGAACA